AUGCAUUUUUGGAUAGAUAAACGACAAAGCCAGUGUUAUAGUGGUCGUCAUAGGGUGCCAUCAUCUUUGUCUGCAGGCGGAUUGGGCCGAUCACGCGGGCGUGUUGGCGUGAGUGCGCCGGGAGGGCGCAAGGGCAUGGCGGCGCCUGUGCACCGCUUUGUGCCCGUCGACUGCGCUCCCAGGCGACCACGAGUACCACGCGCCACUCAGUAUGGCCCUCCUCCAAUACCUCAAGUGCAUACAUCCAGGCGAACAGAAGAAUCAAUGUAUGUUGAAAUUCCUGUGGAGCCCCCUCAGCCUACUAUUGCCAGUCUGGCGGCGGCUCGCAGCGUCACCCCGGACACCCUGCUCCGUACCGCGGCCCUAGGACUCCAGCACUCCCCCAUGAUGGCACCACAUCUGAAGUUUGGCUUACUCGUGUCUCUCGCUUUAGCCACUCUCUUUAUAGCAUGUGUUAAAUACUACUUCGAUCGACAGAUGAUUCACGAAGCGGGCAGCAGCGACACAGGCUUGGUGUGUGCGGCGAUAGCGUGCGUGAGCGGGGCGGUAUGCGCGCUGUCCCGCUGUCUGCCCAGGGCUCCCGUGCCUCCGGCCUUUCCGCCAGAUCGCGUCUCCACUACGGGCACUAGGGAACGGAUGGCACCCUCUGAGCCUUCGGAAGACGUAUCCCUAGCGACCCUGCUGCAGAACUCGGAAGGAAGCGCCGGGGGCUCCUGCUCCUCCGAGGCGCCGCCGCCAUACCACAUCGCCGUUCUUCUGCCGGGAAGGGACCAGCCUUCCCCGCCCCCGCCCGCCUACAGCGCUCUCAGCUAG